UGAGCACAUACAGUAUUCAACGGACACGAAGCUGGAAGAAGACAAAAAUACAACACAUAAAUACAACAAGACGGACGGCACAUCGUUUUGGCGAUGGUGUCUGAGCGGAAAGGGCAGGCACUCGUUGCACUGCUAAACAGUUUAGCCCUCGGAGAUGAGGCGGAGAGUCUUCACCACCUGACAGAUGGACUCCUGCCCAGCAAACUCGCUGCCAAGCUGGGUAUGGCUGUGUUGGGGCGCUUGGAGGACGAAACACCCGACACCAGGUGGCAGAUGAUCAAGGACUUCCUCCUGACGCGUUGCAGAUACACAGCUGAUCGUGGAACAGCCAUCAGCUGGGAUUCGAUUACUGAUGCACACAGACGCCAUGAUGACCAAUACAUGGACCUGGAGCUAGCAAAGGUCAUGUUGCUCCUUUGUCAUCAUUCAAUGAUGGUGGUGAAUAUUCCCUACCGCGUGGACUACAAGACCGAGCUGGAGCUGGUGUCCAUGUACCGUUAUAUUGUGGUGGAGGACGAUGGGUGGUACUUGGCUGAGAACUUAGAGGAAUUUCUCCUCAAUGACCGUAAGGCGUUCCCGUUGUCGUCCACUAGCUCAGUGGAGGACUCCCCUGUGGUCAGCAGGAAGACGGCGGUCCGCUUCCUGGACCUCAAUACUGUAGCCAGCAGUGCCAACAGGUCUCCUGUUCAGGAGCUGAUGAGUACUCCUAAGUACCAGCUGAGUCGUCUGCGUAGGCAGCUGGCUCUGGAGGAGCAGGCCAAAGAGGAGCUGGAGAGGGAGCUGGCAGCCGUGACCAGCAGGGCCAGCGACAUGGAGUGUCAGUUGGGCCAGUUGCAGCAUCAGUAUCAGAAGCUGACGAGGGAGCAGAGGGAACAGGACGUCCAAAAUCAGACCUCCCUGAGCACACUUCAGGAGACGCACGACCGAGUGCUGCAGAGACUGCAUGAGGUCAUCCAGCAGAAUCAGGACUUGAAGACCGAUAACGGCCAGAAAGACAAGAGGAUGGACGACCUCACAGAUGACAACGGGAUACUCUCCACACAGGUGCGGGAGCUUGCAGGUCAGCUGUCGUUGCUACAGCAACAGAUGGUAGAGCUGCGGGAAGCGGCGGAGAAGAACGGCCAACGCGCUCACGACCUCCAGCAGGGACUCGACCAAGCCCUGAUGCACAAGGAGAGUCUUGAGGAGCAGCUUGAGAUCCAGCUGGGGAAGGUGAAGGUGCUGCAGGAGGAGCUUGCUCAGGCUCAGGCCCAGCGCUGUUGCCACGACGGCGAAGUCAUGGGACCCAUCAUGGAGUGGGAACGAGUUCAGGGCGAGAUCACCAAACUCCAGUCAGAGCUCGAAGAAGCAGCCAAUGAGAAACAGGCGGACGUCGAGGCCUUGGCGACGGAGCGUGCCGAGAAGAUGACGCUGCAACAGGAUAUCGUGAGGCGCAUAGAGGAAGCAGCCAUGCUGCAGUCUCAGCUACAAGCCGCCGCGACCGAAAACCAAGCCGGCAUCGCCGCUCUGGAGAAGGCGUGUGAGGAGAAGAACUCCUUGCAGGAGGAACUCACGCAGCACCAACAUUCCGUGAUGGAACUUCGGGGUCAGCUUCAAAACGCUGCCGACGAAAAGCAAGCAGACUUGUUGGCUCUGGAGAGUGAACGGGCUGCCAAACAUUCCCUACAGCAGGAGAUCCUCAACUACCAGCAGGACGUCACAACGCUACAGGGCCAGCUUCAGGAGUCCGCCGCUAAGCUGGAAGCUAACGUGUCUGCUUUGGACAUGGCCCACGCACUGACGUUGAGGCUUCAGGAGGAACUUCGGGUCUGCCAACAGGAAGUGGCAAAACUGCACAAUCAGCUUCAGGAGGUCAUCGGUCAGAGGGAAACGGUUACGGGAGCCUUGGAGACGGAGCGCGCUCAGAAGAGUUUAUUGCAGGAAGAAGUUGCACAGUACCAACAGGAAGUGACGAAACUGCAGGUCCGGCUUCAGGACGCUGCUGCCGACAAAGAAGCUGAUAAGGUUGCUUUGGAAACGGAGCAUGAGAAAACAGUUGCUCUUCAACAGGAAAUGGUUCAUCACCAAGAGGAAGUGGGCAAGCUGCAGGCUCAGCUUCAGGAAGCUGCUGCAGAGAGGGACCUCCACCUGACUUCCUUGGAGACUGCACACGCUGAAAAAUCUGAGAUGCAAGAGGAAAUGACCAAGCUGCAGUCUCGUGUCCAGGAAGCCAACGCUGAGAAGGAGACGGGUAUGGCGACCUUGGAGAAGGAACGCGAGCAGAAGAACUCACUCCAGGCGGAAGUCUCUCAGAUCCAACAGGAAGUCAGCAAACUCCAAUCCCAGCUUCAGCAAGCUGGCACAGAAAUGGAAGCAGAGAAAUUGGCCUUGGAGAUUGAACGUGCUCAGAAGUCCUCGCUGCAGCAGGAAGUUGAGAGAUUCCACCAGGAAGUGGCUUCAGUCCAGGCUCAGCUUCAUGAAGCUGCGACGGCAAGAGACGCCAAACUGGCAACCGUGGAGCAGCUGCAGCAGGAAAUCUCCAAAUUUCAGGCUCGGCUGCAGGAAGCUGACGUCCAAAAAGAAGCUGAUGUGGUAGCCCUUCAGACAGCGCAGCAAGAGGCAGCGAAGCUGCAGCAGCAAAUUGAUAUCCGCCAAGAGGAGGUGGCAAAACUUGAGGCUCAGCUUCACGACACCAACAUUCAGAGGGAAGCAGUUAUGAGAGACUUGGAGACAGAACGUGGUCAGAAGAUUUCAAUGCAAGAGGAGAUCACACAGUACCAACAGGAAGUGACGAAACUGCAGGCCCGACUUCAGGAUGCUGCUGCCGACAAAGACGCAGAUAUGGUUGCGUUGGAAACGGAGCAUGAGAAAAUGGUUACUCUUCAACAGGAAAUAGUUCAUCACCAAGAGGAAGUGGCCAAGCUGCAGGCUCAGCUUAAGGAAGCUCUUGCCGAGAGGGACCUCCACCUGACUUCCUUGGAGACCGCAUGUACUGAGAAAUCGGAGACUCAAGACAAAGUGACCAAGCUGCAGUCUCUGCUCCAGGAAGCUAACGCUGAGAAGGAGACGGGUAUGGCGGCCUUUGAGAACGAACGUGAGCAGAAGAUCUCACUCCAGGCAGAAGUCACACAGAUCCAACAAGAAGUCGCCAAACUCCAAUCCCAGCUUCAGCAAGCUGGGAUAGAAAUGGAGGCCGAAAAAUCUGCGUUAGAGACUGAACGUGCUCAGAAGUCCUCACUGCAGCAGGAAGUUGAGAGAUUCCACCAGGAAGUCUCUGAGCUCCAGAGCCGACUUCAAGAGGUAGUCACUGAAAAGGAGGCGCAUGUGGUAACCAGAGACGCACAGCACACUCAGCUGAACCUCCUCCAGGAGGAAGUUGAGCAGUACAAAACCGAAGUUUCCACACUGCAUGCGAAGCUUCAAGACGCGACUGCUGAAAAGCAGACGGAUAUCGCAUCCCUGGAGAGCCAACACGAGCAGAAUAAAAUACUGCAGGAAGAAAUCUCGCAGUACCAGCAGAAAGUCGUCGAACUCCAGUCUAUGCUUCAGCAGGCUGGCACAGACAUGGAAGCAGAUAAAUUGGCCAUGAAGGCAGAGUGUGCUGAAAAAUUCUCACUACAGCAAGAAGUGACCAAGCUGCAGUCUCAGCUCCUGGAUUCCGCCACUGACAUUGAAGCCAAAAUGUCGGCCUUGGAGAAGGAACGCGAGCAGAAGAUCUCACUCCAGGCGGAGGUCUCACAAAUCCAACAGGAAGUCUGCAAACUCCGAUCCCAGCUUCAGCAAGCCGGCACAGACAUGGAAGCCGAACAAUCUGCUUUGGACGGAGAGCGUGAAGAGAAGAGGAUACUUCAGGAGCAAGUCGCCCACGUCCAGCAAGAGGUCUCCCAACUCCAGAGUCGACUUCAAGAAGAGGUCACUGAAAAGGAGGCGCAUGUGGUCUCCAGAGACACUCAGCUGAACCUGCUACAGGAGGAAGUUGAUCAGUACAAAACUGAAGUUGCCAAGCUUCAGGAUGCGGCUGCUGAAAACAAAGCCUCCAUGGAAACUGAGCUUGCUAAGCAGGCUUCAUUGGAGCAGCAAGUGGAAACUGAGCUUGCUAAGCAGGCUUCAUUGGAGCAGCAAGUGGAAACUGAGCUUGCUAAGCAGGCUUCAUUGGAGCAACAAGUGGCCACACUGCAAGCCAAGCUUCAAGACGCUGCUGCUGAAAGGGAGGCGCAUGUGGUCGCCAGUGACUCACAGCACGCUCAGCUGAACUCCCUCCAGGAGGACGUUGCACACUACCGAGGCACAGUCGCUACUCUCCAAGCAGAGCUUCAGGAGGCUGCCGCUAAAAACAAAGCCUCCGUGGAAACGGAACUCGCUAAGCAGGCUUCAUUGGAGCAGCAAGUUGCCACACUGCAAGCGAAGCUUCAAGAUGCGGCUGCUGAAAAACAAACCGGCAUGGCAUCCCUGCAGACCCAGAACGAGCAGAAUAAAAUACUGCAGGAAGAAGUCUCGCAGUACCAGCAGAAAGUUGAACACUACCAAGCCACAGUCGCUACUCUCCAAGCAGAGCUUCAGGAGGCUGCCGCUAAAAACAAAGCCUCUGUGGAAACGGAACUCGCUAAGCAGGCUUCAUUGGAGCAGCAAGUUGCCACACUGCAAGCGAAGCUUCAAGAUGCUGCUGCUGAAAAACAAACCGGUGUGGCAUCCCUGCAGACCCAGAAUGAGCAGAAUAAAAUACUACAGGAAGAAGUCUCGCAGUACCAGCAGAAACUUGAACACUACCAAGGCACAGUCUCCACUCUGCAGGCAGAGCUUCAGGAGGCUGCUGCUAAAAACAAAGCCUCCGUGGAAAUGGAACUCGCCAAGCGGGCUUUGCUGGAGCAGCAAGUGGAAACAGAGUUAGCUAAUCUGGCUUCUUUGGAGCAGCAAGUUGCCACACUGGAAACCAAGCUUCAAGAUACUGCUGCUGAAAAGCAGACGGGUAUGGCAUCCCUGCAGACCCAGAACGAGCAGAAUAAAAUACUGCAGAAAGAGGUCUCGCAGUACCAAGGCACAGUCGCCACUCUCCAAGCGGAGCUUCAGGAAACCACUGCUAAAAACAAAGCCUUCGUGGAAGCUGAGCUCGCUAAGCAGGCUUCGUUGGAGCAGCAAGUUGCCGCGCUGAAACUUCAGCUGGAAGAGGCUGCUGCUCUGAAGGAGACCCUGCAGACUGAGCGUGCUCAGAAGGUGAUGUUACAGCAAGAGGAAGUGAGCAAGCUGCAGGCUCAGCUACAGGAAGCUGCUGCCGAGAGGGACCUCCACCUGACUUCCUUGGAGACCGCGCGCUCUGAGAAAUCUGAGAUGCAAGCGGAAAUCGCCAAGCUGCAGUCUCGUGUCCAGGAAGCCAACACUGAGAAGGAGACGGGUAUGGCGACCUUGGAGGAGGUACGCGAGCAUAAGAACUCACUCCAGGCGGAAGUCUCUCAGAUCCAACAGGAAGUCAGCAAACUCCAAUCCCAGCUUCAGGAAGCCGGCGCGGAACUGGAAGCUGAGAAGAUGCUGCUUCAGCAGGAAGUCUGCAAGUUGCAGUCUCAGCUUGAGGAAGUGGCCCAGGAGAAAGAAGCGCAGGUGGGCGCCUUGGAGAUGGAACACGGUAACCAAGUAACCACGCUUCAGCAGGACCUCCUCAGGCUCGAGACUCAGCUGGAGCAGGUGUCCUCGGAAAGGAGCAAGAGCGUCGCGGAGCUGCAGCUAGAACGUACCCACAAUGCAGCGCUCUCUGCAGAACUGGACAAGCUCCAGGGCGAGAGUGCUCAGAGCGCAGCUUUGCAGCGUGAGGUGUCCCGGCUCCGGGCCGAGCUGCAGGACGGGGAGGGGGCGGACCAGCGCGCGGAGAUGAAAAUGCAGGCCCUCAGGAGGGAGGUGGAGAUGCUGCAGACCCUCAACAGCACGCUGAAGAGCGAGAACAGCACCAUCCGGAGGCUCGCCGACACACUGCAGGGGCAGCUGGACAAGAAGGAGCAUGAGGGCCAGAGGGCUGCCAAAGCUGUGGGUGCCAGACGGCAAACGAGGGCAGAAGCGAAGUCAGAUGAAGGAGAUCUGAGUGAAGACAGCCUGGACCUGGGAAGCACACUCAACUCAACCAGUACCCCAUUGGUGCGUAGCUCGAGGCGUCUGGCCCAGAAGCAGGGCUCGGUGGAGACACUCUACUUCACCCCCAUGAGCCACCAGUCCACCUCUCGCAUGCCAGGCAGCGCCGUCACAGACUCCGCCAAACGCAGACGCACCACGCAGGUCAUCAACAUCACCAUGACCAAGGAGGAUUCUAAAAGCCUGCAGGCUGCACGCUCCCAGCCCAACCUCUCAUCUCGACCUGUGUCCACAGACUUCUCAUUGGAGCCUGGCAACAUGGCAUCUGCGUCCGGGGCUGCCAGCGACCACCUCCUCAACCUGCCAGGAUAUCGCCGUAGCAACGUGCACAACCCUGCUCCCUCUCGAGCCUCCAGUGCCUUCUGUGUGGGUGUGGAGAACGAGCCGGACGGGGCAGGGGAGGACUGGCUGCGCAUCGCCGAGCUGCAGAGGAGGAACAAGAACUACCCCCAACAUCUCAAGAGCAGCUACACCCUCGAGACCAUGCAGCAGGCGGCCACUGCGUUCCUGCCGGUGUCGGAGGAGGAGGUGCGUUUCGGGGACCCCACUGAGACGCUGCGUAGGGCCUCCACGCUGCCCGGUCAGCUGCAGGCCUCCCUCGACUGCCACCGCCUCUCCCUCAUGGCCCCCAAACGCCCCGCGCCCCUCCCCCUGCAACACGACCCCGACACACCCGAGGCGAAGAGGCAGUCCUCAUGUUUCCAGCGCCCCCUGACUCCAAAGAACCGCAACACCAACACCAAGUUCGUCAACAGCCCGGCCAAGUCACCGGCGGAGCGAAGGCAGUCCAUGAUGUUCUGCAUCUCCAACACGCCUAAGAAGAUGGGCGGCCUUAUGAGCAGACUCAAGAAGGGCCGCAAGAGUCCCGCCCCCGCGCCCGCUGCCGCCAAAUCCACGCCACGCCGCUCGCCAAGAAGCAGCAAGGCGACCAACAAAAAAAUCAUGCUGUAAAGAAGACCCCUUUUUUCUCUAUUUUAAUUUCUUGUUUGUUAUUCAGAUAUUUUUUCUUUUUUCCAUUUGUAUCAAUAAAGAUGUAUAUACUUUUAAUAUAAAGCAUGUCUGUAUGUUUGAGUGCGUGUGCGUGCGCGUGUGUGUGCGUAAAACACAGACCCUGCUAAAAUUUGUAUUUUUAUUUCUCUGUGUGUUUCAUACGAUGUCAAAUAGCUUUAACUUUUUUUUUCUUUUUACAAAAUGAUUGUCUGGUUGCCCCUGAAUAUGUCAAAUGGCACAACAGCAAUAAAAUAUCUUUUUAAAAUCUUAAAUCCUUUUUUUUGUUGUUUAGUUAGUAAUUAAUUGUUGUCUGUCUUUAUUUUAUAUUUUUGUCUGUUUCAGUGUAUGAUCAAGAAAAGAUUUCUUUCUUUUCUUCUUUUAUAUAUAUAUGUAGUCUUGUUUUUUGUCUGUUUUAGUGUAUGUUUCCCCAAGAAAAGAAGUAUAUCUUUUCUCCCUUUUAUAUGUUCUGUAUGUUGACGUCUUGUUUGAUAUAUCCUGUGUGGACCCCAGGACGAGUAGCUGAUAUGUUUAUCAGCUAAGGGGGAUCCUAAUAAAAUAUCAAACAUCAAAA